UCCAUCCUCACCACCAAUCCUCAUCCUGUUCCCUCACUCCUCAGCCACCAGAUUUCAAAACCUUCUUUCCUUCACAGGCACACUUCAACGACUCUACUUCCCCUCCAUCGAAUCUUUCUUUUUCAUUCACAAACGAAUCAAAUGGCCAUAACCAACCUUUCUUCUUCUUCUUCUCCAUUUGUGGCUCUGCAUCUCAUAUCCACUCCUCGUCUUCUUCCCGCCUUUUCUCCCUCAAUUCCUUCUCGAUGUACUCCCUCUGCUUUUCGCCUCAGAACUCGAGCUAUGGCCCCUGAUUUGCUUGGCGAUUUUGGCGCCAGAGACCCCUUUCCUGCUGAAUUGGAAAGCCAGUUUGGAGAGAAAGUGUUGGGUUUCAAGGACACUGAGCACAAAAUCCUUAUCCCCAAUCUCUCUGCUCUUUCCCUUGCCCAGCAAGAGUGCUCUCCUGUUUCGCCUUUGCAGCCUCCCAUGUCUGAAGAUGAUGCCAAAAAACUGUUGAAGAAGAUUGUUGGUUGGAGACUAUUGGAUGAAGAAGAAGGACUUAAACUUCAAUGCUUGUGGAAAGUGAGAGAUUUUAAAUGCGGAGUUGAACUGAUCAACAGGAUCCUUAAGGUUACAGAGGCUUCAGGCCAUUUCCCAACACUCCACUUGGAACAACCAAAUCAAGUGCGAGCAGAAUUAUGGACAGCUUCCAUUGGAGGACUAAGUAUGAAUGACUUCAUAAUAGCAGCAAAGAUAGAUGAGAUAAAGACGGCAGAUCUGGCACCAAAGAAAAGAAUUUGGGCCUAAUGAGUAGUUUUUCUUUCUUCUCACAAAAUCACUCCUGGCUUGUACUGUAUUGGAAAUUUCGAAUUUAUAGUUCUUAUCAUUAUUUUUUUUUAAUGGUCAUUUUCCCUCAAAGCAAUUGUAUUCGUACAUAUUUAUUUUUUAUUUGUCCACAACUGUGGUCAGCAUCAAUAAUUCAAGUACUUUCC